AUGAAGAUCUUACAAACAAUUAGAUUUGGUGCUUUCAGAAAGCAAGGAAAAGAACAGGAAGAAGCAAUUCUUUCAACCAUAGAGAGCUUGAAAUAUUUAGAAGAAGAGCUAAGGGGAAAGAAAUUCUUUGGAGGGGAGACCAUUGGACUAGCAGAUCUUGCAUUGGGUUGGAUUGCUUAUUUCAUGGAUGUAUAUGAGGAGGUAAUUGGGGUAAAAGUGAUAGACCAAGAAAAAUUCCCAUUAUUAGUGGGAUGGAUCCAAGAAUUCUCAAAUAUCUCAAUUAUCAUGAAAAGUUGGCCUCCAAGAGACAAACUCUUUGAUAGGUUUGCUGGCUUUCGUAAGGCUGCCCUUGGAGAAGAAACACGAAAAUGA